AUAUAUAUAUAUAUAUCCCUUGGACCACUAAGAUCAGGAGAUCAGGCAGCAAUACACACCGAGUCACGGGCACAUAUUAAUAUCCCAGCAGCCAAUAUCUCUGUUGUCAACCUCAAACUCAUUUCCAUGACCUCAGCUCAGGGGGAUUGCUGCCGGUUACAGACUCUAAAGGGUUAGGCGGCCCGCCACGCCUCACCCUUUAAAUAGUCGGUUUCUUAACCAGUUGAAAGCCUGGGACUAAGUUUUUGGCGUGAGAGCCAGAAAAGUGGAUAUUUAUCAGAAUAAAUAGUCGACCUCAAACCUUAAAAAAGCAGCAUCAUCAACGAGGGUAGUAGGGGUUGGAAAUACCCUAUCACUCGAUUCAAAUAAAUAAUUGAGCAGAUAGGCUCGCAUCAAUAUAUAAAUAGAUGCUAAUAUACGUAUAUCUGCGUUUAUUAUUCUGCUGCAUUCUAUCAUCUCAUUUCGUGCCAUGGCGACUAUUCAACAACCCCUGGAGUCGCUCCACACAACUUUCCUCGACCAGCCUCCGAGCUGCCUCGAAUUCUGUCCUGCAGACCCAGAUUAUGUCGUCAUCGGGACAUAUCUUUUAUCUGAAUUAUCAUCGGAAAGCUCAACUGUUACUGAACAAAUAAAAACCGGAACCAUACAGCUCUUCAAGCUAGAUCCGGAAUCCUGUCAACUGUAAGACUCCAUGCAUGCAUUUAAUCACUCAAAUCCAUAAAACACUACUACCCCAUGCGGUCUUUGACCUGCACUUCUCGCCACGAGACCAAAGCCAAUUCGCAAUCGCCACAAGCGCAGCAUCAGUAUCCUUAUACCGCCUUGAAUAUUCCUCACCAAAGGCUCCCAGUAGCAUCGUUCACUUGACCACAAUACCCGUUCACGAGGACCCGAGCAUCCCCGCCCUCUACCUCUCCUGGUUGCCGCCACCACCGUUGCUGGCGGGGGAUAAACGAGUCAAACAUAGCCAUGGCCGUGACCAUUCUCCUAGCCAGCUAUCUACGGACGGUUUCGCCGUCUCCUUUUCAGACGGGAGAGUCUCCAUCUUCCAUACUAACCCCCCUUCUCACGACUUCUCCAAAGAAUCAAUGACAGAGAUAGUGUUACCAGGCGAGCCGAUAGAGGUCUGGUUCACCACGUUCCAUUAUGGUAGAUCAUUAUCCGGAGAAGAACAUCUUACGUUGUUUUCCGGGGACGACUUUGGCGGUUUGCGUGUACAUGAAUUUGCUGGGGACGGGGAUGAAGGUAGUAGAAUGUUGUGGGAUGAUGGGCAGUUCACCGCCCAGACGAUGGAAGUUACUGUUGGCAGAAAGCAUUAUGGAGCAGGAGUAACGGCGAUUCUGCCCUUGUUUACUGAAGGUGGGGAAACAGUGUUGCUUACGGGGAGCUAUGAUGAGUAUCUUCGAGUGUACAAAUUUACGGGGCGAGGGUCUGUUUUAGCUGAGGAAAGGUUGGGCGGAGGGGUGUGGAGGCUGAAGAUCAUUAGGGAGGUGGAAGAUGAGAUUUUGGCGCUGGAGUGGCCUUCGAGAACAGGGAGGUCACGCUCGUACUUGGUUCUUGCUAGUUGUAUGCAUGCAGGGGGGAGAAUUGUUAGGGUGACUUGUUCUCUCGGUAGUGAAGGUGAUGCGCCAAGGGUGGGAUCAUGGAGUAUUGAAACCCUGGCGCAGUUUACGGAGCAUGAGAGUAUGAAUUAUGCAUCGGAUAUUUGGAGAGGUAGAGAGGAGGGUGAGACGCAGGGCGAUCCCUUGCUCUGUGUCUCGAGUAGCUUUUACGAUAAGAGGGUUUGCAUAUGGAAGGCAAAGGUUUAGGAUUUGGAGAUGUAUGCCUCCCCGCUUCCUGUUAGGUUGUGUCUUUUUAAGCGAGCUGAUAUGUGAGUGGCAUAUGGUGGACGGAUUGAUACACAAUGCAAGUCAUAAAUAUAUGGCCCUCACAUGUUAUCUAUGUGGUGCCACGGAAGGAAAAUAGAAAUGUGAGAAAGAGGAAACUCUGCUGGCAAUAGUGGGAAUACAGGAAAAUUCCUAAUCAACGACGUACGUUCAAGACUGUAUAUAGUGCAUUGAACGCUCUAUUCUCUCCUAAGCACUUAGGAUGCUCA